AAUUCUGUGGUGAAAGUUACAACCGAAAGAAUGAUUUGUUAGUACACAUGAGAAUUCACUCUGGUAAGAAGCCAUAUUCUUGUGAAACAUGUGGAAAAUGUUUUCGUCGUCGGUGUGAUUUGCUGCCUCAUGUGAGAACUCACACUGGUGAGAAGCCAUAUUCUUGUGAAACUUGUGGAAAAUGUUUACGUGACCAGACUUCAUUAAGAAUGCACAUGAAAAUUCACACAGGUGAGAAGCCGCAUUCUUGUGAAAACUGUGGGAAAUGUUUCAUUCGUCGGAAAGAUUUAUUGAGCCACAUGAGAACUCACACAGGUGAGAAGCCGUAUUCUUGUGAAAUAUGUUGGAAAAGUUUCAGUAACCGAAAGGGUUUGAAACUACACAUGAGAACUCAUACAGGUGAGAAGCCGUAUUCUUGUGACACAUGCGGGAAAUGUUUCAGCAGACAGGGUCACAAGUUGCUCCACAUGAGAACUCACACUGGUGAGAAGCCGUAUUCUUGUGAAAAAUGUGGGAAAUGUUUCCGUCGUCGGAAUGAUUUAUUGAGCCACAUGAAAACUCACACAGGUGAGAAGCCAUAUUCUUGUGAAACAUGUGGGAAAAGUUUCAGUCACCGAUAUGAUUUGAGACUACACAUGAGAACUCACACAGGUGAGAAGCCAUAUUCUUGUGAAACGUGUGGGAAAUGUUUCAGCAGACGGAGUCAUAAGUUGCUCCACAUGAGAACUCACACUGGUGAGAAGCCAUAUUCUUGUGAAACAUGUGGGAAGUGUUUCAGUCAUCAGAGUCAUAAGUUGGUCCACAUGAGAACUCACACUGGUGAGAGGCCAUAUUCCUGUGAGACAUGUGGAAAAAGUUUCAGAGGCCAGUCUUCUUUGAGAAUACACAAGACAACUCACACAGAAGGACAUCACCUGUCCCAUUUACAUGAAGUGUGGGACACGGAACUGCACACGAUAUGUGAACAUCAGCAAACCGGCAAGCUCAGUUGGAGACAGCCUCUGUGA